AGUAGAGAAAAAACAAAUAAACAAACAACUUUUUUUGAAAGAAGCACCAAAGAAAACCUUUUUGGAAAGAGGUGCUGACCAUGUCGAACGCGGAGAUGGAGAUCCCGGGGAAGCUGGACUUGGAUGUGGACACCGACACUGCUCAGCCUGGGGAGCAGGAAGCGUCGGAUGCAUUGGCCGCAGGACCGCUAUCGUCAAAGCGCCAUAAGCCAUACUUCAAGAAGUUCAAGGAGCCGGAUUCCGAUGAGGAAGUCGGCGAUCCUCGAGGCCUUUUUAAUGUCCAGGAGUCCUGGCGCACGCUGAUGUCGCUGACCAGUUGCCAGAAGGUCAUGGUUUCGGAGAAGGCUCAGAAGAUCCUGAAGAUCCAGGUGGGCAUCAAUGUGACGCAGGAGUUCCCCUGGAAGCAGGUGCAGUUCAAGGACCUGCGAGACGUGCUCUUCGACGAACUGGAGAAUUCGGCCGAGCUGAUGAAGAAGUUCAAGCACUUCAAUCCGGAUCACUAUGUUCUCAUGGGCUUCUGUCCCAUACUGACCGAGCAGGACGAUGAUCCGCCCGAGGGCGACCCCUUCAUCUUCUACUCGAGCAUUAAGGAGUCCAAAAUGGCCAUGGGCAUCAUCCAGAACAUGGAGCACUUUGAGCGAUGGCGGAUGCAACGGCGCCUACGCAAGAAACCGCGUCGAUGGGUGAGUCAUGGCACCGACGACGAGAUGACCAUCCUGGUGGAGCACUUCAAGGACGAGCCCAUCGACGUCGAGAUCCAGAGUGUCUAUCCGAUCCAGGUGCCGCGGCACAUAGUCUUCGACUACCGGAUGACCCGCGAUGUCAGGGAUGGCGUGAUCGAGCUCCUGCCCAACGAGAACAUCAAGUGGGACAAUGUGACCAAGAAGCGGGUCACGGUUGCUGUCCAGUCAGCUCCUCCCAAGAUCGAUCGGGAGCAGCAAACCAACCCCACUUUUCCUUCGAAUGCUUGGUCGCAGUAUCUCUACGAGAUCGAUGAUGAAGAUCUCGAGCUGGACGAAUCCGAAGUGGACGAGGAGGAGGAGAAGAGAAAGGCCCAAGCCAAGCCAGGAACUUAUGUGGAGCCGGUUAAGCCACCGCCCGAGAUGUCCAAGCAAAUCGAAAUGCUGCUUAAUACUCUGGAUUUCAAUCAGAUCGACAGUUAUCGCGACGACUACUCUUUGAUAUCCACUCGACAAGUGGUGCAGUACACCAAUCCGUACCUCCAGGAGUUCCUCUGCUUUGCGAACAUCUCGAAGAGCAACAAGCGAUUUGUGGCUGGCUACGACUGGUAUCCGAAGUUGUCCGGCCUGUUUGCAGUGUCCUAUGCGUUCAGUACUCCAGCCACAGUGAAGGAGGCCAGCGUUCGGGUGGAUUAUGUGCAACGAGCGGUUCUGGAGCCCAAUCCCGUGCUGCUGUGGAGUUUCUCGGAUAACUUGAACUACAAGCUGGAGUUCGAGGCACCGAUCGAAACCACCGCACUGACCUUCUGCCCCUUCAAUGGGGACGUCCUGCUGGGCGGCUGCAAAAAUGGUCAGGUGGUGGUGUGGGACCUGCAGGGUCGCUGCGAGAAGCUGGACGAGGAGGAGUACUUAACGGCUGCCCAGGCCAAGUACCGGGUGAUGAUUGGCGAGUUCCUGAACUGGACCAUUGACAUAGAAGACAACGUCGUCAUGCCGGCCACCAUUUCGAUGUUGGACUGCUCACCGAAGGGUGCCAUUACAGCCUUCUACUGGCUGGGUCGCUCGAUCUACCUGAGUCAAUUCGGCAAGGUGUACAACGACACUGACAAUCGCAACCACCACAAGUUCUUUGUGACCUGCGCCUUCGACGGCACCAUCAGCUUCUGGGAUUUGGACGGGAAGGGGGCGAAGGGUGGCAAGGAAAAGAUGCGCAACCGCAUGCUACCCAAGGAACUGACCCAGAGCGAGUCUGCGUACAAGUCGCUGGCCAUCAAGCCCACCUACAAUAUUUACUUCCCGGAACCCCUGACGGGCAUCAUUGCGGACACCUCCUGUUUCUCGUGUCUGACGCCAGUGGCCAGGCUGAUACACGCCAAUCCCUCCAAUUACCCCAUCAAGAUUAUAGCCAAGGACCCCUCGACGGUGCGCCAGAGCAUGAUAAUCUCCACCUUCUACGGCCACGUCAAUCGGAUUGACUGGCAGGGCACCUACACGGAGGGGCAGGCCACGGAGACGAUCAACACUUCCAUUCCAUUUGCCAGGGUCCACGACGGACCCGUGGUGAUGAUGAAGAAGAACCCCUUCUACCCGCAGCUGUUCGCCUCCAUCGGACGCACUAUCCUGGCCAUUUGGAAGGAGGACUACCCCUACUCGCCCAUCUUUUGGCGCCAGAGAGCCUGCGACCUCACCGCCGUCGCCUGGAGCGAAACACGCCCGGCUGUUCUCUAUCUAACCAGGAUGGAUGGGAUCCUCGAGGCAUGGGAUAUAUUGGCUCGAGAUGACGAUGCCUGCCUAACCGAGAUACUUGGUGGCGGUGUUAUAACUGGAAUCACGGAGCACCGUCCUUCGCUGCCCUACAAAAUCCUGGGAAUUGGAGACUAUAAUAGUAGCAUCCGUAUGGUGAAGUUGCCGCACACGUUCGAUGUGCCGCUGCCCAACGAACUGCAGCAGCUGAUGAACUACGUCCUGAAGGAGGAGCGCCGCAAGGUGGGCAUCCAGGCGUGGGAGCAAAAGUACUACGAGCUCAACAAGGACAUCAUCGAGGCGAAGCGGGAGGCAGAGGCGGAGACACGAAAGGAAAUGGAAAAACUUGAGAAAGAGGAGCAUCUGGCCACUAGAAAGAAGGGUCAAAAGGCCACCGAGGAGGGAGGAGAAGGAGAGGAGCACAGAAGCAAGAAGCCUUAUGGCGGUCUCAACUAUAAUGAAAAAAUGGCCGUGAAGUGGGACGAGCUGAAUCUGAACCGAAUGAUGACCAUACUGAUGUCGCGCAAGCAAAUGGAUCCCGAGAAGUUGGCCAGGGAGACGGCAUUGGAGAAGGAGCAGCUUGCCUACGAGGCGGCCAAGAAGAAGUCCCAUUCGGAUGUCCUGGCCAGAGUGGAGAACGAUAUCGCCGCCAUCCGGGCGCGAAUCCUGCCGGCAGAGGUCGCCGACUUGCAGCGCAGCGAGAUGAUCCAGGAACGGGUGAAACGCGAGGUGGAGAAUGCCGACACCUACGAGCAGGUGUGCAAGGACUCCUUCGAGAUCCUGGGCAUGUUCAACGAGUUCAAGACCAUCGACUACAUUGAGUUUCUGGAGCGGGGUCGUCAUAGGCGCCAGUUGUUGGACCAGUCCCUGGGCGGCAACACGGAUCGACUGCUGUGGUACCAGGAGAGGGUACGGCUGGGGGAGCUGGGCGAGUGCCAGUUCAGCUAUGAGUGCGGCGGCAGCUCUCAGGCGGAAGAGUCCAGUCAAGCCAACUUCACGGCUCCUAUCUUCUUGUCGGGAAGCGAUAUUACUGGGGACCCGAUAAUAGAGGAGUUCGAGGACUAAUCGUUUUGAUUCCACCUUACAGUUGGUAAAUGUCAGCAAAUUAAAUAUUUAUGCAAUAACAAAUUCUUUGAUUUUAAAAUGUAA